UAAGUUUAACUGCUAAUUUAAAUUACUACACGAUCUACUCUCAGCGGACGUAAAGUGUACCCAUAUCUGAUUUUUUAAACGUCCAUCAUAUUAUAUCCGAGGGUAUUUUCGAUAGAAAUGGCCGAGAAGCUCCGAAUGGAGAAUAUAAGCACUCUUCCAUUUUCCUCAGCUGACCGUCAUGGGGCAUAACUCUACAAAUCUGACGAUCUACAGAAAUUAGAGCGAGCUAAAAAAAUAACUCUAACAUGUACUUAAAGUGCACGAGCGAUGCACGUUGACACAAACAAAAUCAUCAACAUACGUUCGCUGGUCUGGUCAUAGAGUAACCAGGCAUGAAUUUGUGCUGGCGUGGUCAUAUGAUACACAUACUUGACAAUAAAAGCGUGUACUAGUUUUUAUAAGAUCUAGAGAGAUCAUUAAUACAUUUAUGUAUACACGCAAUUGCCUUCUAUACCUUCUAUGCAUUAACUAUUUGUAUAUGAAGAUUUAAGGUAAAAACUUACCGGAAAACCCACAUACACAACGCAAAAUACUGCAAGUGUUGGAUAGACUGUAUACGUGAUACCGGAAUAAAGAUGAAAAAUGUGCUUUUGCUGCUGCUGGUGCAGCUAACCAGGGAUAUUUCGGGACUGGACAACGGAUUGGCCCUGACUCCCCCCAUGGGGUGGCUGACCUGGGAACGUUUCCGGUGUAACACGGAUUGCGUCAACCGACCGGACGACUGCAUUAGUGAGACGUUAAUCAAGGUAAUGGCGGACCACCUGGCGGCGGACGGCUAUCUGGCCGCCGGGUAUCAGUACAUCAUCAUCGAUGACUGCUGGCUUGCACCGGACAGGGACGCACACGGCCGACUCCAGCCAGAUCCGGUCAGGUUUCCUUCCGGCAUCGCCGCUCUGGUUGAAUACGUUCAUGAACAAGGCCUUAAGUUCGGUAUAUACGAGGAUUUCGGAGUGCGCACGUGCGCUGGGUUUCCGGGAAGUGAGUUCUACAUGGAGACGGACGCGCAGACGUUCGCAGAGUGGGGCGUGGACUACGUCAAGUUCGACGGUUGUAACUCCAACCCACAGGACAUGGACCUGGGGUACGAAGCGUUCGGUUUGUUCCUGAACAAGACUGGGCGCCCCAUGGUGUACUCGUGCGAGUGGCCAAUGUACCAGCAGUUCGCCGGAUUUAAACCGGAUUACGCGGCCAUCCAGCGCACAUGUAACAUGUGGCGAGUUCACGGGGAUAUCAGUGACUCUUGGACCAGCGUGUCCAGCAUAAUCUCCUACUACGGGAAGGACUACAACAACAUGUCCCUGUAUGCCAAGCCGGGCGCAUGGAACGAUCCGGACAUGUUGGUUGUCGGUAAUUUUGGGCUUAGUUACGAGCAGGCCCGAGUGCAGAUGGCGAUGUGGGCGAUCAUGGCGGCGCCGAUGCUCAUGUCCACGGACCUGCGUUCCAUAACCGCCCAGGACCACCUCCUCCUCACUAACCUCAACGUGAUAGCCAUCAACCAGGAUCCACUGGGUAUCCAGGGGAGACGUAUUUUACAGAUUAAUGGCACUAAUGUAGAGGUGUGGUCCCGCCCCAUCAGUCCAGUUGGCAGCUUCGCCAUCGCCUUCCUUCAGCUGGCCAACCACGGGGACCCGACCCCCGUGUCCGUCACUGGCCGCGACAUCGGCCUCACUGCUUCCGGUUAUAUGUUCAUGGACGGAUUUAAUAAUCAGCCGAUGGGAACUUACGGCCCUGACUCCCCAGUGAAAGUUGUUGUGAAUCCGAACGGUGUUGUGCUGUUCAGAGCUAAGCCUAUCUAAGCAUGGGUUUAGUACUGUAUUUAAAUUGUUCUUAAAUGUAUUAAAUAAAAGCUAUGUAAUAAUU